UACUAGUAGUAUGAAACAGAGAGAGUACCAACAACAAUACAAAUCGGAGUACGUAUGAUUUAAAUCUGCAGAUUUUUUGCGAGGUUGUUGCCCCGUACGUGCACAUCUUGCUGCGUAUGACUCUAUCCAACCCCCUACUUUCUCUCGUCUUCGCAGGCAACAACUUUCAAUCCUUCUCCUCUAUUUCCGGGCUCCAUGACCAAGAUUUUCAGCUCUAUGUCCAAGGGAGAGAACAUGGCGGCGGGGGAGUACACAGGUCUCGAUGGCCGCAGCGUCGUCGAAAGGCCGACGCCGGACUCGGACGCCCUGCGCCGUGACGGCUUACUCCUUGCCGCUGGUAUCUUUCCCAUUGCCAUCGGCAUGUGGUACAUAAUGCUGGGCGGCUUCUACCUCCCGCCCGAGGCCGGGCCGUACGGGGGUGGAUGCAUCACCAUCGCCGGCGCAGCGUUCAUUGGCGUCGGAGCCGCCGCGUUGGCCGCCCUUAAUUACCGUCCGCCGUUUCCGUGGUGCCCCUCGUCGCCAACAGUUUCUAGCUGAUUAGUAUUCAUAAACCAGUACGUAGUAGAGAAUUAUUUAUUUUUUUGCUUCUGUUUGUCCAUGGAAAAAAGGUUUGAACCUCGCGGCCAUUCGCCACAGCGAGACAACAUGAAUCAACUGUAACAUUAGAGCACUUGUACUGCUUUUGAACUUAAUUUGGGAAUGUCAGGUCUAUGAAUCUUAACCUGAUCCACUCUUC